AAGAAGGGGCUUUGACUUGGCAUCGAUCAACGUUAAGACUUUGUUGCGUGUCAUCAUAUCCAACCAAGACAUAACAGUUGUAGUGUGGGGAAGGUUUCCAUGAUCGUUACCGAGUUUAUUUAACAUCCGAUUACCAAUCCCUUCAAGCUCCGAAGCGGUCCACAAUAAUACAUCAUUCGUUCAUAUCACAUCUAUAUAAAAUCGACUCAGCAGAGGAUCGCUAGUCUGGCACGAAAAGAUAAUCAUCCGUUGCAUCUCUGCUCAAUCAUCUCUUUUCGUUCACCAUGAACUUUGGCGAACCGUUGCAAGCGACAAUGUCGCCCUUCUUAUCAGGCACAAAUAGUCCAGCACCAGGUGGUGGCGGAUCAAACGCAUUUGCUGGUCAACAAGGAAAUAAGGCUUCUUCAAGUCAUGUUCCAACUUCUAUGGCAAUGGCAGCCGCUUUGAAUGCUUCAAGUGCAAGUCAAGCAAAUCCUGCUUUAGCAUAUGCAAAUGCUCAAUUGGCACAAUAUGCUCAACAGAAUCAAAAUGGUGGUAAUCUAUCCAAUUCACAAGCAUUGAACAACCUAUUUCAACCGCAAGCAAACAAUCAUGCUAUCAAUGCGGCCAACUUUGCAAGCUUAUUUUCACAUUCUACCGGUGUUCCUGCUCAUCUCAAUCCUCACGCCUUAUCGGCAGCUUUGGCAGAUUAUUCUUCUCAAUCCGUUCCAAAUUCUGCCGCAUCUUCACCAGGUAUGCAACAUAAACGUUUACCAGGUGGAACGGGAUAUCCAAGUGGCACGAUGACGGGAACGAACACACCAGGAGGUAAUUCAAGAGUUGCCGCAAGUGCAAUCACGGGUAAACGACUAAAUUGGAGUGAAAUGAUUUGUCAAACGAUUGCAGAAAGUGAAUAUGGACGAUUGGUUAUUCAGGAUCUGUUUGAUCAAAUGUGUACCAAAUUCCCAGAAAUUCGUGAAUGGGCAUUUGGAAAAGACUGGGAAGCGCGCGUUAAGAAUCGAAUCAAGUCAACGCUAUCCAUCAAAGGUAACCUGUUCAUCAAAGUACCAAGGCCAUCUUCUGCUCAUGGUAAAGGAAGUUGGUGGACAUUAAGUCAAGAAGCCCAAGACGCAUGGAAAGAAGGCAGAGUAGCGAGCGUAGUGAAGAAUGGCACCCAUAGCAGAAGUACAUCACAAGGAAGGGUAGGAUUCGAAUCAUUGACAAAGAGUAACGCUACAAGCAGAGCAAACAGUAGAGCUCCAAGUCGCAGAGGAAGUCCGGUCAGCAGUCGUGGUCCUUCCAGUCAUCAUGCGAAUCGAGCAAAUCAGAACAAUCUGAACUUUAGUCAAGUUCAGCAAUCAGAAGUUCAUUCUAAUAGCCCGCCAAGUGUGGGUAGUCAAGGUGACAACAGUAGUAGAAGACAAUCGCCGAGCUCUGGACUUCCAGCCUCUUUGGGAAUGAGUCCAAUCAAUUUUGGCGGUCAAAGCUCGAAUACGUUUGAUAGCUUAAAUAUGUCUGCAGCCGGAUUGGACAGUCUGAAUGAUGAUAGCCAAAUGCAGAGUUCAAAUGACUCUUCAUCCUCUCAGAAUUUCGGCAUGAUGGAUGGAAGUCUGAAUGGUGCUUUCGGCAAUAAUGAUCAGCAAGCGCUUUUUAACAAUCUGGGAAAUAUGAAUAUCCCCACCUCAUUGGGUAUGACUGCAAUGGCAAAUCCUGCCAAUAAUCUUUAUUCGAUUUCUCCUUACAAUGCCUUUUCAACAAGUGCCACAGCCCAACAUCUCGGUACAACGGCUAUGCCAGCCCAUCUUGGUGGACCGCAAAGUAUGCCUUUCCCUGCCACAUCCAAUGCACAAUCCAAUUCAACCAAUUCUUGGCAACAGAACGUGACGGGAAUGACGAGUAAUGCAAUGAAUCCUUCUCUUGCAAGCUAUUCAAGCGAUCCAACUUUUGGUGCAUUUGCCGGUCUGGAUUUGAGUAAUAUGGAUGGGUUGAAUAAUCCGUUUGGCAGUAUGGCAGGUGGCUAUACGAUGCUAGGUGAUAAUCAACAACAGCAACAAGCAGGCGCACAACCAACGCCUAUCCCGGGUCGUAAUGGUGCACAAGGUAGUAACGGUGGUAGCGGAAGUGGUGGCAGAGGUACGCCAAGUGCGAGUAGCUUUAAUGCUGCAUUUUAUAGCGGACCAUCACCGGCCGAUUCGACGGGAAGUACGAGUGCAUUCUUUGCUUAUACGCCUGCCAUGCAAGCUGCUGAUGCUGCACAAGGAGGGAAUGGGGCAGGCAAUAGUGCUUUGGGACCUGUUGGCGGUGAAGGCAGUAAAAAGAAACGUGAUACUUCUAAUUCGGUUUCUAAUGGAGAUUUCGCUCUUCCACCUGCAGCCGGCAGUGAUGCAAACAAGGAUGCUAAAGGAUCCUGACACCGUGCUUCCAGUCUUUUCUCCUUGGCAAAUGACGUGAAAGGGUCCGUGACACCACCGUCUUUUGUCACCUCGGCAAUCUCGUUUUAGACUUUUCGACAUUUUUAGAUGCUUAAAUGCUCUGCAAUCGCCUCAAUGAUGUACUUGUUCCUAAUACUCUUUUGCAUAUUGUGUUCCUCUUUCUCGUUAUGCUUUUCUCUCUCUUCUCUUUCUGUGAAUCAAAUCGCACACUCUUGGUUAUUUUUUCUACUUUUUUCCUCUUUAAUGGGUGUCGCAUUUAUUCUUUGUUAUUUUACUCACAAUGUUUUCUAAUAGUGAAUUUCGUAAAUCAAUCGCAUCAUUUGCGCAUUUUAUGACAUAAAAAA